AAUACUUAUCUUUUACGGCGAUAUGUAUUAACCGAAGUGUUUUUAAACAUUUUAGUACAAGGUAGAGAUGAGUGGGGCUGUUUAUGGGGGAGAUGAAGUCGGGGCCCUCGUCUUCGACAUUGGUCACAACACAACCAGGGCCGGCUUCGGGGGCGAGGACAGCCCGAAAUUGGACAUACCGUCAACCAUCGGUGUGUGGUUGGAUUCUCACGACGAUGUUACUCAAAAGCGGUACAAUAUUGGAAUCACUUCCAUCAACGUUCGAAGAUCUGAAAUGGAACUGACAACUUUUUUAAAAGACGGGAUGGUGGAAAACUGGGAGAUUUUUGAAAAUUUCCUGGAUUAUAUAUACACUAACGCUUUGAGGGCGAUUCCGAAUGACCACCCUUUACUUAUCACAGAGCCGCCAUGGGUAACCCAUCCUAAAAGGGAGCAAUUAACCGAGUUAAUGUUUGAGAAGUACAAUGUUCCUGCUCUUUAUUUAGCUAAGAACGCAUCCCUCGCUGCCUUCGCCAAUGGGCGUCCGACCUGCCUUGUUGUUGAUAGUGGAGCCACUCAUACAUCCGCUGUUCCUGUUCAUGACGGGUUUGUGCUGACACAAGCUGUGGUUAAGUCGCCAGCAGGCGGAGAUUAUUUAAGCGCACAAUGUCGCAAUUAUUUAAACGAAAAAGGAAUUGAAAUUGUCCCUCCUUGCAUGGUAGCCUCUAAGGAAAUUACCAAAUCUGAAGAAGCAGCUAAUUUCAAGCGGAGGGUGUACCAAGCCAAGCUGACUGACUCCUGGCACAAUUACAUGGUUAGACAAGUGAUGCAAGACUUCCAAGCUUCAGUCCUCCAGGUCUCGGACAAUUUGUACGACGAAGAGGUGGUUAAAACAAUGCCGGCCAUUCACUACGAAUUUCCAAAUGGCUUCCAUAAAGAUUUUGGAGUUGAGCGGUUCAAAAUACCCGAACCCCUUUUUAACCCCGUCGCUGGGAUUAAAUCUGGUAUUCAGCCGACUCUGGGGGUUGGCCCGUUAGUCACCACCAGCGUGGGGAUGUGUGACAUAGACAUCCGACCCGCAAUGUAUGGUAGUGUGGUCGUCACCGGCGGGAAUUCGAAUCUCCAGGGCUUCACAGAGCGGUUGAAUCGUGACUUGGCUGCUAAGACGCCACCGGUAAUAAGUAUGAGGUUGAAGAUAAUCAGCGCCCCCGGCGCGACUGAGCGGAAAUUUGGAGCGUGGUCCGGAGGUUCGAUUUUGACGUCUCUGGGUUCGUUCCAACAGCUAUGGGUGUCUAAGCAAGAGUACGACGAUGGCGGGAAAGCUAUAGUGCAAUCAAAAUGUUUGUAACUUGCCUAAGUAAUUUUUACAUGUUCGUUACAGUAUUAUUGUUUACGUUCGAUUUGUUUGGUGUGAUAAAAUUGCAGUAUUUAAGGCCUAGUUGAUAGGGUUCGACUGUUGCGGUCGUAGUGAUGAAAAUUUUUUUGGAGAUUUUUUUUCAAACAUUUGUGAUAUAUUUGUUAAAAUACUUGUGGCAAUAUUUUUGUACUGUCAUGUUCCUAUUAGUGUUCAUUUGAUUAAGUUUUUGUAAGUCUGAGUGAUUAGUCACGCUAAUCUAUAAUACUCGAUUUGAUAAUUUGUGAUUUUUUCUCGAUGUGCCAAUAAAAUUUGCCAAAUUAAUCGUAUAA